CGAAGCUGACCCACGCUCGUGCGGGCGGCGAGCAAGCUGACCGCGUCUGUUUCGGUUGCAUGCAGAUGCAACUUCGUCCUCUUGCGGGCCAUAGCUUCGUGGAUCCUUCUGUUGGUUAUUGUAACUCUUACGGCGCAGGACGUCUGGAAAGAUAGGCGAUCUGAGGCGCGCUGGCUGUGCCGCAGAACCCCCCUUCUCUGGAAGUAUACCACUGUCCUGCCGGCGCAGCAGCCUGCUCUCAAUCUUAUUCUUCGGCGAGCCCGGAUUGCGCGCGUCGACAUUCUUGUUGCAGCUGUGGUGGGACCACAAAACCGGUCAUUGCCUGGGCAGCGCGCGAGGCUGUGAGCGGCGGCCUCUGAAGACUCGCCUGGUGUGUUCCGCGCCGUGUUCUUUACGAUUGCCCGCAGCAUAAUAAUGCAGCUUCAGUGAGCUGCAGGCGGACCUUGUGCUGGACCACGGACGUAUUAUAGCUCGACUGGCUGCGAAACGCUGGACGAUCUUGCGACUGUUUUGUUAUGGCUUUGAAGAACCCGAUAAUGCCGAUGGCUUCUCCAACUGGCGGCGGACUGGUGUCUGCCUUCAGUCCCUACUCCGACUCUCCCAAUUCUCCCGCUCGCUUCAGCGCAUUUUCUGGCGGCAAUACGCAUAGCAAUCGCUCCUCCGCUCCCACCGAUUCGCUCGCACCACCGCCCAGUCCAUAUCCGCAGCAGAUCGAACCGUCUCCAGUAGACUCGAAUGGUACAGAGGGAACAGAAAUUGAUGAAGACGCGCAAGAGGAUGAAGACACCGAUAUAAGAUCGCCGGAGUCGGCGUCCAAUGGCGAUGCGUUUGAUGUACACUCUCCCGAUGUCGAUAUCAACAGUCCAGCGAGUCCGAAAGAUCCUCCACCCAAGAUUGUGACUUCCCUUCCAGCGCGAUUGCGAUCAGACUCGGCCGACAACGACCCCCAAUCCGUGAUACAUAUUCCCACUGGCUUCAAGGACUUCGAAGGAGGACAGAAACAAUAUGCAUCGCCGACUGAUGUUUCCGGAUCGACUGCCCGUGUCGCCUCGCCGAGCACACCGGAAGCCGCGACCAUGAUUCCGACGCAGAAGCCCUCACCUGUCGCACCCGUCAACACUGACAUCCCUCGAUCCAAUGAGAAGCCUACCCCACGCGCACAGACACGGCAAGAAUUGGAGGACGAGUGGAAGCGCAAAAGUCGGCGAACAUCGAGUCUCGAAGACAUUCCCGAAGGACUUGCCGAUGACCACGUCGCUGCAGAGGCCGACGAUGAGAAGCGUCCCAGCACUGCCGGACUCGUUGGAGAUGGGAGUAUGCAAGAAGCUAUGCAGCAACUCGAUCAGACCAACGAGGAGAUUGAGGCAUUGCGCACCGCCUUGAGCGAAUGCUGGACGCUUUGCAAUACGCUUGCAAACUUAUCCUCCAGCCAUCGCCAGCGCACGUUCAAAUUCCGAGGCCAACAGGAAGUACAACAGCAUGCAUGGCAGAGCUGUUGGAGGUUGUGCCAGCAACUAUACGACAACAAAGAUGAGGACCACACGGCACAAGUCAUACCUACACUGGAGUUGUGUCGUGACUUCUGUCAAUCCCUCUUUGACGCGCGAGCAAGAGUCGACGAAGCCACUGACUCAGUGCUGCGGGUCAGUUUCGAGCUCAACAACCACCUUUACAACAUCAAUCACCACGAGCUUCCUGAUGCCUUCGUUGAGCGCACACUGGACUUCUACAUCACGCUUUGCCACCGACUCAUGAAGAUGCCAACAUCUUUGCCACGAGAGACGGACUCACUUUUGCGUGCGUGCUGGUCAUUGGCAGAAAUGCUCUUCAACCUCCGCCAAAGCAGUCGCGAAUGCAAGCAAGCAGAUGAAGAACUCUUAGGCUCUGCUGUCCAAGCAUGCUGGGAUCUAUGCGACCUCUUCCGCGAAGGCUGGACACAAAUAAGACCCGAUAGAGGCACUCCGCGGCCACAUCAGACCUCCUUCGGCGCACAAUCACAAACAUCACUCAAAUCCACCUCCACUCGCGGUUCCGCUGGUCGUUCCACCUCAAGCACAGUCAGCAACCGCAAAUACCACGAAGCCCCGACCUUUCCACCCGAAACUCCGGUGACGGUCUUUGACGACACUUCUACAGCGCACUCCUCUCCAGAUUCCGCCAAUGUUCCCAACAUCCUCGUUCUCGGCCCUUCCAAGUCGAGCGGUUCCCGCGGCGGCGGCAAUGCUCCCCAUCACGAUCGUUGGACCUCCAACGCCUCCGUUCUGAGCGACUAUUCCGAAUCCGCGGCGUCCGCAACUUCCUCUCAACGCACAAGCUCCACCGCCACAGCCGGCGGCGAAGAAACUCAUCUCGCCCGUCUCCGCUGUCUCCUCCUCAAAGCCGGAUUGAACACUGGCUACUCUCGUACUUCGUCGCAACCUCUUCCUGCAUACGUUCAAGCACUUCCCGACACAGCAUUUGGAACUCUACCCUGGCAAAUGAAAGUCUUGAGCUUCUACAAGAAACUUGUAGUCAAUGAUCAGAGUUUGAAAAAUGCACAUGCGAUGUCCUCGAAACGCGUAACUGCAGUCGAAGUCGCCAAGAGUGUAAGGUGGCUGGGCAAUAGUGAGCAGUGGGCUUGGAUGAGAGAUUUAUUCCGAAUCGUGUUCGGCUUUGGCAUGGAUGAGGCGGAUAUCAGAGGUGGUUGGUUUGUGACUUGAAAUCGUUGCAUGCACUAAAGCCAGAAAUCUUCGUGAGGAAAGAAGUAUGGUACGAUUCGAGACGGGGUUCUGCCAUUGCAAGUGCGAUGAGCAGAGCAUGGUCUCGAGGCAAAAAGCGGCAUGGGCAAGAGUCGGACUGGGC